UCUUUGUAUCUGACAAGCUGACCUGGCAAGCAGCAGAAUUCCUCAGGGCUGACAGGAUGUCUGAGCAGGGCGGGAUGGCAGGAGUCUUCCUAACCCUGAUCUUCUGGGUCUUGGCGGUGGACCUGCCCACCAGCUGUGGAGCAGACUCGGUGUUCCUGCCAGGUACCUCUGCUGACACUGUCCUAAAGAGACAGAGGCGCUUCAACAGCGGCAUGUUUGAGGAGGUGCGGUGGGGCAACCUGGAGAGAGAGUGCUUAGAGGAGAGGUGCGACCUGGAGGAGGCCAGGGAAGUGUUUGAGAACAUGGAGAAGACGAUGGAGUUUUGGGUGGGUUACAUAGAUGGGAACCAGUGCCACUCUGCCCCUUGCCAGAACGGCGGCCAGUGCAAAGACAAGAUUCAGGCCUACACAUGCGUGUGUCCGAGGGGCUUCACGGGCAGCAACUGUGAGAUAGAGACAGUGAGGGAGUGCAGUGUGGACAAUGGAGACUGCAUGCACUUCUGCACGAUGGACCAGGAGAGUGGGGCGGUGUGCAGCUGCGCGCCUGGGUACAGGCUGGCCCUGGACGGCCUGGCCUGCGAGCCUGAAGGAGAGUUCGCCUGUGGCACACUAGGGAAGACUGUGAUCGCAGCUAUGACCCACCGGACUCUACUAUAUGAGGACACUUUCCCUUCCCUCAACAUCACUGCGGGGCCCCUCAAUGUCACAGUGAACGCAACCACCCCUCCUCUCACCAACACCUCGACCCUUCAGCCGAAUGCAACCAGCCCUCCUCCCACAAAGGCCCAGACCCUUCGGCCUUCCCGCCGAAAGCUUCCCUACUGGGUCUUCGCCCCAACUAUGCCUGCUCCCGCUGAAGCCCAGACCCUUCGGCCCUCCCACCAAAAGCUUCCCCACUGGGUGUUUGCCCCAACCACGCCUACUACUACCAAGGCCCCAACCCCUCGGCCCUCCCGCCAAAUGUUUCCCCAAUGGCUCUUUGCCCCAACCACACCUACAACUACCAAGGCCCCAACCCUUCAGCCCUCCCGCCAAAAGUUUCCCCAGUGGGCCUUCGCCCCAACCAAGUCCGCCAUUGAGACAGAGGAGGUUUAUCUCAAGCGUAUCGUUGGGGGCAACGACGUGAUACAAGGGGAAAUCCCCUGGCAGGCAGCUCUGAUUGAUAAGGAGAGGCAUCAAGUCUUCUGCGGGGGAUCCAUCCUGAACGACCGCUGGAUCAUCACGGCUGCCCACUGCCUGGUGGAGGGCAGGGAGGGGACCUUCUUCAUUAGAGUGGGGGAGCACAACAUCCACUGGAAAGAGCAGGCGGAGCAGGACCACAAGGUCGCCGAGCAGCACCGUUUCCCCAGCUACAACCCCCGGAAAAACCAGUACGACCACGACGUUGCCCUGCUGAAGCUCCAGACCCCCGUCCGCUUCACGGAGUUCGUCCGGCCCAUCUGCCUGGGGCCCCCCGACUUCACCGAGUCCCUGCUGCAGGAGGGCGCCAUGGCGACGGUGAGCGGAUGGGGGAGGGUGCGCUUCCAGGGCGCCGAGUCGUCCAUACUGCAGAGCGUGAGGUUGCCCUUUGUGGACCGCACGGAGUGCAAGGACAGCAGCACUGACCGCAUCUCCCACAACAUGUUUUGCGCGGGCUACACCGACAUACAGAAGGACGCCUGCCAGGGGGACAGCGGCGGGCCACACGCCAGCCGCUACCACGGCACCUGGUUCUUGACUGGCAUCGUCAGCUGGGGCGAGGAGUGCGCCAAGGAGGGCAAAUAUGGCGUCUACACGCGCGUGUCCCGGUACUACACCUGGAUCUCCAACGUCAUAGGGAUUAAUAAACGUGGACAUGUGGAUGAUCCUGACACCAUUUCGCCUGACCUUUGACCCUUAGUGUCCUUGUAGGCCAUGUAGCAUGAACCCAUUUUUGUCAUGUUUGGCUGUUUUAACACAAUUGGACAUUAAAACAUUUUUUGACACGUGGAUAUAUUCUGUACUAAGCACUGUUUUAACAUAUUCAGGGACUAUUGACAGAACGGCAGUUUAGAGAACAUGCUGGCUGAAUACUAAAAGGAAUGAGAUUGUUCAGUCAAAAGGGAGGAUUUGUACAGAAUUAGUCUGAUCAUGCAACUUGACAUAAGGUUAUUCUAGGAUUACAUCUUCACGGUAAAGAGCAGGUGAGUACAACUGCUUACAUCCACAAAACAAGAUCACACAAGUUUCAAAGGAUUUAGGGCAUAAACUACAGUCCAUUUGCAGCUUUUUUCCCUUUGUUCUUUGCACCUGUGGUUACUCAGGAUUUACCUCUGCUGUCUGUAU